CUACCUGACCAGGGUGAAAUACUGGUUCUCCCAAGAGACCAAAUAUUGGAGGUGGGCAGCACAGCCACAUUCUGCUGCAUGGUGCCAGACGGGGAAAGUAUUAUAACAAUGUUUCUAUAUGACUACAAAGGCACUAAUGUAACAACUACAAAGAUCAGUGAACAUGUGCACUCCCUGACUGUUCACCUGGACCAAGAAUCAGAAAACUGGAGUGAUGUAAUAUGUGAAACAACCAAAGGAAACAUCAACGGAGCCAGUUUUCAUGCCAGCUACCCUCCUGAUGACAAUGAUCUUAAGUGUGAAACCCGGGAUCUGGAAUCAAUCGAUUGUUUUUGGAACGUAGGAAGGGCAGCAAACGAACAUCCUGCAAUGGAAAGAACAUAUCAGCUCCAAGGAAGCUCAUGCAUCAAUGGACGUUCAGGUAAUUGCUCGCAAAAAGUGACGGUGGAUGCAGUUGAGAAGAACUGGACCUUAACAGCAACUAAUCGGCUGGGAAAGCUCGAGAUCCAUGACAAGGCAAACCUGACCAAAAGAGUUCGCAUGGUCGCUCCAGACAAAGUAGCGGCUUCAACUGUGAACCCCAGAAACAUCAGUCUGAAAUGGAGCUGGACUGUGAAGAAGUACAGUAAUCUCAACAUCACAUGCCAAGUAGAUGUCAGCGAUGGAAACUCUAAUACCAAAACUGAAAACUUUGGAGUUGGCCUCACAGCUGCAGUUAUCAAGGACUUGAUACCACACUGGAACUAUGACGUGAGGGUCCGAUGUGGAACAGCACAGCAUUUCUGGAAAUGGGGUGACUGGAGCAAAAGUGUCAAAAUCUGCACAAAGGGUGAUGUCGCUCUUGGAGCUACCAGCCAGAUUGAAAAGAACCUGAACAUCAGUUCGUACACCUUCAUGGUAAACGCACAAACAGCAGUUUCAUCCAACACCGUUACCUUGAAUCCAUCGACUUACUUGACAGUGCUGACCUUGAUAGCCCUGGGAGCAGUUUUUAUUAUUCUGUCCAUCUGCACAAUCCUCUGCUACAGACACCGGGUGUGGUAAGCAGUGCACAUUUGCCUCUUUUGUCUCCAAAU